AUGGUAUCCUUAUUCAAAGCGCUCUCCAUGACUCCGAGAACCGAAGUUAACGAAGAUUUCGAAGCGUCGACGAAGAAAAGAAAGUGGGAGGACCCGUUUACUGAAGAGUUUUUCAUUGAUAAGAAAUCAUCCACCUUUGAUAUUAAGCCUCGCCUCAAAACCAUGUUUCCGUCGGAUAAAUGGCGUCAAUACUUAAGUAUUCAGUCCGGGCAGAUACAGUUGUGUAACACAAAACUGGACGAGACUGCGACGGAGGACUCGAGACGAGGCCUUCGGACGCUUUCUUCUGAUCAGAUGAGUUUAGACCUUGAGCUAAACCUGACAUGUGAAUCACAAAGGAAAAAAGAAAGCAAGAGUGGUUGUGAUGAGAUAAGUGAGAAGUGUAAGACGAAACAUGAUGGUGAUGUUUGUGCUGAAUCAAACAAGUGUAAGAAAGAUUCGUCGGGUGGUUUAAACGGUUCGCCUUCGUGGCUGUCGACGAGCGAGGGAGAUUACAAAGAGAUGGUUGCAACAGUUUGUAUGCAGUGCCAUAUGUUGGUAAUGCUAUGCAAGUCUUCACCUGCUUGCCCUAACUGCAAAUUCAUGCACUCACCAGAUCAGAAUCCUUCAAAGUUUUUGAAGAGCAGGUGCAGCUUCUUCUGUUCUAGUUAG